AUGUUACAUUAUGACCACAAGAAGAAAAAGUUGAGCAAUGACAAGCCAACAUCUCUGUUUCGAGAUGAUGAAUCUAACCAUGAUCCAUAUUCUGACGAUGACGGUGAAUACGUGUCAGACUACAAUCACGAGCCCAAUGAUAAGGAUGAAGAUAGCAGCAGUGACUGUAAUGCAAUUUUUGAUAUUUUUAAAGGAAUCCACAAAGAAUUUGGUCUGAAAGCGGAUCAUGGUUUUGCUGACUAUCAAAACGAUAACGGCGAGCAGGUAGACCAAAAUUCUGUAAAUAAAACUGUGAUGUUGAGCCCGAACGUGAUUCUGAUAUAA